CCUUCACUCUUCUCCCCUCUUUCUCAGAGUUCACAUUCAAACACAGAGAUGACAACGAGCAGAGACCAAACGAUGCCGCUUUCAUUGCCGGUAGGCUUCAAGUUCCAUCCCACGGAAGAAGAGCUAGUGAAUUACUAUUUGAAGAAGAAGAUUCACGGCGGAAACGAGUCAGAGAUCAACCAAAUCAUCCCGUUCAUCGACCUCUGUGAACACGAGCCGGCUGAGCUUCCAGGUUUGUUGGGGAGUGAGACAGAGGAUCACGACAUGGAGUGGUUCUUCUUCACAAGAAAUGCCUACAAGUACAACAAAAGCUGUCGAUCGAAUCGGAGCACGAAGAAGGGGUUCUGGAAGAUCACAGGCAAGGAGCGUGGGAUUAAGGCUCGGCGUUCCAAAGCUGUGAUUGGGAAGAAGAGGACUCUGACUUUUUACCAGGGUCGUGGGGAAGCCAAGAAGAAGAAGACCGGCUGGGUCAUUCAUGAAUACUAUCUUCCUCGAAAUGAAGUUGUUUCCUGUUCAAAGCAGACAAAGGGAGACUUUGUUAUCUGUCGAUUGAAGAACAAAUCAGAUAAGAAGGAAUCUUCAGUUAGUAAUGAAGGUGAACCGGGUGGAGGCGAUGAUGGAAUGAAUCAAGAGGGAAAUGGGGAGUUCCUAAUUUAUCAAUCUCAGCCUCUGGAUGACUGCUGCUCGUCAGCACUGUGGUCACCGGCAUCCCAAGAGCUGGAAGCUGUUCUGCAAACCAAUGGAACCAGUGGUGAUUGUCAUGAGAUGCAAUCACCGUUUGGUGAUAGUGAGUCUUGUCAUCGAGACAGGAAUGAAUUUUCAACCUGUGAUGAGGAUGAGACUGUGUCUGAUGUGUAUCCACAGCUUCGUGAUCCACCAGAAGAAAAUCUGGAUUCACUCUUGUGUGCACUUCAGCCACAGGGUUACCACCCUCCCAUACUGCAGUCACCAAUAUACACAAAGCUGGGAAAUGUUACACAUCCGCUUCAGCCACAGAAUUACCAGCCCUCGGUAAUAUUGCAAAUUACCGGCCCUCGGUAA